GAGUGGUGACAAAUGCGAAAACCUAGGUUCUCCAAAUCCAAAGUUAUUUCGAACGAAUUCGUUUCACUCAGUGUGUUCAUUGCAUCAUCCAAUACACGUUGAUAUUACAUAGACAGUUUCUUAGAAGUUUUGGUUUUCAUUCUCGUCGAAUUCGAAUUUUUUUUGCUGUUAAAAUUACCGUAUUUGCGUUCAGCUGCACGUUUUUAACUUGACUUCCCUUAUAAAUUGGAAUCACAAACGUGCAACAUUUUAGUCAUUAAUAGCCCUGCAAUCGUUUAGGAUGCUCAUAAGCCGAAACUCUUCCUCACGUUCAAUAUAUAAUUUGAUCGACAUUUAUUAGUUAAACGUGAACUUGAAAUAAUAUCCCAAGAAAGACUUAUUUUCUUUAUUGUUUGAAUUUUUGUGUAAUUUUUUGUAAAACGUGCAUGUGUUAUGUGUGUGUAUAAGUUUUUAUUGCAAUCUUUCGGUAAUAUUUCAACACAUUAUCGAGAAUAGCACAGUUUUUUUGCACGAUAUUUAUUCAAUUCAAACUGUGCACCACGGAAAUUAAGUUGAAAAAAAAAAUAAAAAAUAGAAAGAGAAAAACCACGACAAUAUGGGUUUAUUUGAAACAUUGUCGCGAAAGAAGCCAAUAAGCGAUUCUUCGCCUACACAAUUGGCCAAAGUAUUGUCUGCACUUGAUUUGACGUUGCUUGGCAUUGGCAGUACACUUGGAGUUGGUGUUUAUGUACUGGCCGGUCAAGUAGCCAAAGAGAAAGCAGGACCAGCGGUCAUCUUUAGUUUUAUGAUUGCGGCAAUUGCAAGUGUUUUGGCGGGUCUAUGCUAUGCAGAAUUUGGUGCAAAAGUUCCACGAGCUGGUUCCGCCUACGUGUACUGCUAUGUAACAAUUGGUGAAUUUAUCGCAUUCAUUAUCGGAUGGAAUUUAAUUCUGGAAUAUUCAAUAGGUGCUGCAAGUGUUGUAAAAGGAUUUAGCACAUACGUGAAUUCAUCGACUGGCAUAAAUAAUUUUAUGAUUGAGUAUAUGCCUCUCAAUGUGCCGGGGUUAUCUCAAUUUCCAGACGUUUUUGCAUUCAUUGUGACCAUAAUCUUUUCAUUGGCCGUCGCAUUUGGAGCAAAAGAAUCAUCGAUUUUGAACAAUAUUUUUACGUUCCUCAAUUUAUCGGUGGUAUUAUUUGUCAUCAUUGCUGGCAGUUUUAAAGCGAAUGCAUCAAAUUGGAGUAUACCAGCUGUAAAUGUGCCGAAUGGUACUAAAACAAAUUAUGGUACUGGUGGAUUUAUGCCGUACGGAUUUACGGGCAUUUUGAAAGGUGCUGCAACGUGUUUUUACGGUUUUAUCGGUUUUGAUUGUAUUGCAACUGCUGGUGAAGAGGCGAAAAAUCCAAAACGAUCAAUGCCAAUUGCAAUUAUUCUUUCAUUGUUAGUCAUCUUUUUGGCCUACUUUGGCAUUUCAAUCGUUUUAACAAUGAUGCUGCCAUACUUUGAUCAGGAUGUAAACGCUCCAUUGAUCUAUGUAUUCGAUCGAAUCGGAUGGACAGUGCCGAAAUAUAUUGUUACAAUUGGUGCGACAUUCGGUUUGAUGGCCAGUUUAAUGGGUGCGAUAUUUCCUUUGCCACGUAUCGUGUAUGCGAUGUCAAACGAUGGUUUAAUUUUCGAGUGGUUGGGUCGCAUUCAUCCGCGAUUCAAAACACCAUUGUUGGGAACACUUUUUAUUGGCACAUUAACCGGACUGUUGGCUGCAUUCUUCAAUUUAUCGCAACUAGUCGAUAUGAUGUCGAUUGGAACGUUGAUGGCUUAUUCAAUUGUGGCCGCAUGCGUUCUUUUACUACGUUAUGAAUUCGAUGCCGAAGCUGAAAAACCGAAUGAAUCAGCGCCAUUUUUUCAAAACAUGAAUCGAUUGCUAUGGAACUUGGAUAAUUCAAAAACACCAACCAAACUCACUGCAAACAUAGUUACAUGGGCGGUUACUGCUUUUUGUUCCGUUUGCAUUUUAUUUGCAUUGGUCAUUGAAAAGUGUUCAGAUAAAUUACUCGAUUCGGUUUGGUGGUCAUGGACACUUUUAGGAGUCAUUGGUCUGAUCAUGAUAUUGAUUUUAUUUGUGAUUUCACGCCAACCCACCGCAAGUACCUACCGCAGUGACUCAUUUAAGACCCCUUUCACACCGUUUUUACCGGGAAUUUCGAUUAUCAUAAAUAUGUAUCUUAUGUUUAUGCUUGAUAUUAUGACAUGGAUUCGAUUUGUCGUGUGGAUUGUGAUGGGAUUGACAAUCUAUCUAUCGUAUGGCGUAUGGAAUAGCAAAGAACGUCGUCGUCAUCGUCGCCAACAACAAGCCUAUGUGAACGACAUAAAAAACGAAGGCAGUCCAUUUAUAAGCAAUAAAGAAACAGUUCUGGUACAAUAGAAAUUGUGCUGAAUUUCAAUUUUAAACACAGAUAUUUUUUUGACAAUAUACAUACUUUCAUAUUAGUUAUUAUUAGUAUUAGAAUCCUUUCAACUCUAACCGUAUUUUCCAGAAAAUCUGUCAGUCAAUCAAUCGAAAAUUAAUAAAAACGAGAAAUAUUCUAUUUUGCAAAUUA